CUAUCGUCAACCUGACUACAACUCACGACCUCUCUCUCCAUAAACCCCAACAACUCAAUCCCUCCUCACGAACCAACCACAUACAACCCACACGACCUCCAACCCUCUCGCUACACGCCCCAUUCUUAGAACCACACCGCUCCCCCCAGAAUGAGCAACAAAGACUCCGCCUACGGCGGCGCGCCCGCCUCGGACACGGCGUUCCGCAAGACCUGGGACCGGGACGAGUACGCCCGAAAGGCGGAGGCGGAGGAGACGCGCCGGAAGGAGGAGGCCAAGGCGCGAUACGAGGCGAAGCUGCUGGGCAAGAAAUGGCACGCCCCCGUGGACUACAGCACGCUCGAGGCGACGACGUCGCGCACGCAGCGGCUGGACGUCGCCUCGAUGGUCGGCAAGACGACGAUGGUGGCGGCGGGCGCGGCGGUGGGGAAGCGCGGCCGCGGCGCCGGCUUUUACUGCGCCGACUGCGACCUCACCUUCAAGGAUAACCUGCAGCUCGUCGAGCACCUGAACAGCAAGCAGCAUCUGCUGGCGACCGGCCAGAGCGGCGAGGUUGCCGUCGCGACGGUGGCGGAUGUGCGGCUGCGGCUGCGCAUGCUGGCGCGUCGGAGGCGGGAGCGCGAGGAGGAGGAGCGUCGCGCCUGGCAGUUGGAUCUCGGGGAGAGGCUGAAGGAGCGCGAGGAACUGGAUGCUAAGGAGCGCGAGGAGAAGCGGAGGAGGCGGAAUGAGAAGCGGCGGAAGGGGGGCGAGAAUGGCGUCAAACAGGAGGAGGACAGCUGGGAGGGUCGAUUGGGGAUCAUUGCAUAGACGGAAGGGAGGUGGGGGGGAGGGGGGAAGCACGUCAGGAUGGUUCCUUGUUGGCAAGGGAUUGGAGGAUAGAUUCGGCGGUUCAUGCUGCUUCAAAAGCUCGAGUAUACCCACGGCGUUUCGGUUUGCAGGUUUUUACGGCUCUGUAUCUUCUCUCUACAAGAUUGAUUUCCUUUAUCCAGGCGCAUGUAUAAAUCAUUGACAGUAUCAAUAUCAGAAACAACUUAAGCAUAAUCA